AUGCCUCAAAGGCAUCCAUACGAUAGGUACGACGACGACCGACCACACGUCUAUUCUCCUGUACCAAGAAAAUGUGAGAGCAAGCUUCGUUUUUAAUUUUUCUACAAAAUUAUCGUUUUUAGAUGUUGCUCAGAGUAUUCCAGCGUCUACCGUCGACACCUACACUUACACUUCCGCUACACAAAGGUAAACUAUGAGUUGUUCAGAAACAGUUCAGAAGGAAUUCUCUAAGAUUCUGAACUUAUCUACUAGCAAAACUUUCUAGUGGCUGAGAAAGAACAUUACAAACAAUAAUAAAAGCUCAAGAUCUGUUAAAUUAGGUUUUUUUCGAAAAAAAUAGGAAUUUGUGAAUUUUCAGACUUAUAGGAUCUUUUUCUUGUUCUAUCAAUGAGCGCUAUAACUAAAUUACAAAAAAAUUCCCAUCAAAAAAACAAAAUCGCCACUGUUUUCAAAUUAUUUGUACUGAAGUAACCGCUGUUCAUCCACUAAACAAGACAGGCUUUUUGCUUUUAAAUUUUUUUUUCAAACUCUAUAGAGAGAGAACAUUUUUCUUUUUUCAGUACUGUAGAAACGACAAAAGGAGAUCGAGGAUGUAUGCAAUGGAUGAAGUAUGGAAUAUUCACAGCAAACAUUGUCUUUUUGGUGAGACUUUCUUUUUUCCUGCUUUUUCCUAUAAUUUUUUUAGGUCGUUGGUGGUCUGCUACUUGCCAUGGGAGUUUGGCUUCGAACUGACAGCCGAUUCAGAAAUUUCAUUAGUGAAAGGUUGAAUUUUGAUUAGGAAAUCUAUUGCUUGAACUUUUUUCAGGUACCGACAAGCCGUAGAAGAAGCUUUCUGGGAGGCGCCAACAUUAUUCGCUUUCUCAUAUAUUAUCAUUGUCCUCGGUGCAUGUAUGAUUGUAGUCGCUAUGUUUGGUUAGCUUGAAAAAAAAACUUGACAGCAUGAACUCUUUUUUCAGGAUGUUGCGGAGUCGCAGGAAGAUCGAGACUGUUUUUAAUCAUUUAUGCAAUGGCUGUUUUCGUUCUUCUUGUCGCUAGUCUCAGCUGUGGGAUUUACCUGCUUUACAAGAAAGAUGGAGUUAGCACUCCUCGAAUUAUGAAAACCGUAUAUGAACUUUUCAGCUUGAUGUGGAGCUUUCUGAUGCGUUGAACUACAUGGUUCAACAUUAUUAUCAAGGACCUAGCAUAGUCCAGGAGUCUUUAGACAAAUUGCAGACCACUUUCAGAUGUUGUGGUAACAUUUUUUUCUGUUUUUCAUAUACAUAAUGCAUGAGAUAUAAAGGUAAAGCUUCUUUUUAGGAAACGCUGGUUGUUCUGAUUUUCGAAUAUUCCGGCAAGACAUCCCUCGUUCUUGUGAUAUUCGCUGUGACGGCUGUCACUAUAGGUUUGAAUUAUUGUUUGAAUUAUUUUAAUGCAGAAGUUUAGGAUACGAGGGUGAGUUUAUCAGUUAGAGAGAGAGUUUAUCAAUUGAAGAAUCAUGACUUUCCUUUACAUAAGCCAUUUUGCAGAAUAAUGGUAGCUCUUCGAAUCGGCUUCUCGGUCACUUUGAUAGUUUUUUUCGCGGUGAUUCUGUGUCAGAUUUUAGCAAUCUCAUUCGCUUUGUAUUUUGUUUUCAUUAGAAGACAAGAAGUCAGGGUGGUGAGUGAUUUUCCCCGAUCAUUUGAAUCAAAAUGUUUGUCUCAGAUCUACGUCCAGCCACCAAGGCUGCGUGAGCCCAAGUUAACACGAGACACCUUGAGAGAGCAUAAUCUUCCCUACGGACUUCGAAAAUCUUCAAGAAAACCUAACUACUUUUGA